GACGCAAGCGGGCCCGUCAGCCUGUGUUGAUGUUUUGUGCACGAGCUAUCGCCCGGGAAGACGGAGACGUCUUCUUUCUUUUUUAUUGUUUGUUUGUAAGUUGGGUUCCGUCGAAACGUCGAUGGGAAUCGUCGUGUUGCCGACGGUGAACAUUUGCUUGGUGAUUCGCGGCUAGCCAGCCAGCUCGACGCCGAACACAGCCAAUCUUUUGAUCCAAAAAGGCGGACUGACUCGUCGCCCUCUACCCCCCCCAUCCUCCUCUCCCUCCUCCCCACCAUGACGAUCCUGCCCAAAAAGAAGCCCAGCUCCGGGGUGGGGGUCGCGGAUCACGCUGAUGACAGCGACCGCCGGAGCGUCGCAGAUCCUCACCAGCACCCGCACGCGGGGAGGACGGGAGCCCGGCCGCGGGCUUCUCCCCCGCCGUGGUCGUACCAGGCCGCGCCGCCCUCCGCCAGAGACGAGCGGCGCAGCAUCGAGGCGAACUCCCGGCCGCAGCAGGCCUCUCCUCCGCCUGGCGGCUCCGUGGCCUCCGCGGGGCCGUGCGACGGUAGGGAAGGCGGCGUUGGCGGGGACCUGGUGGUGCAAGCCGGCGUGGUGGGCUGCGGCGGCGGGGGUAUCAGCGGCUGCUGCUCCGGGCCCGGCCUCAGCAAAAGGCGGCGGCAAGCGGGCACCUGUUCUGGCGCGGCGGCGGCGCUGGCCGGAGGUGGGCAGGCCGGCGUGAGCGGUCCCGGCGGCGGCGGCUCUAGCCAGGAGGCGGACGAGGGAGCCGGCGGCAACAACAGCGAGGACGAGUACGAGAACGCCGGCCGCCUACAGGCCGUUGAUCCGGCUACCGCCGAGCAGCAAGAGCACUGGUUUGAAAAAGCUCUGCAGGACAAGAAAGGUUUCGUCAUCAAGAAGAUGAAGGAGGACGGAGCAUGUCUCUUCAGGGCCGUUGCUGACCAGGUAUAUGGCGAUCAGGACAUGCACGAGGUGGUGAGGAAGCACUGCAUGGACUACCUGAUGAAGAACGCCGACUAUUUUUCCAACUACGUGACAGAGGACUUCACCACGUACAUCAACAGGAAGAGGAAAAACAAUUGCCAUGGCAACCACAUUGAGAUGCAGGCCAUGGCAGAGAUGUACAACAGGCCAGUGGAGGUGUACCAGUACGGCACAGAGCCAAUCAACACCUUCCACGGCAUCCACCAGAAUAAUGACGAGCCCAUCCGAGUGAGCUACCACCGCAGCAUCCACUACAACUCCGUGGUCAACCCUAACAAGGCCACCAUCGGGGUGGGGCUCGGCCUGCCCGCUUUCAAGCCCGGGUACGCGGACCAGUCCCUGAUGAAGUCAGCCAUCAAGACGUCCGAGGAGUCAUGGAUCGAGCAGCAGAUGUUGGAGGACAAGAAACGAGCGAGCGACUGGGAGGCGACAUGCGAGGCCAUCGAGGAGCAGGUGGCCAGGGAGUCGUACCUGCAAUGGCUCCGGGACCAGGAGAAGCAGGCCCGACAGCCCAGGAAAGCCAGCGCCACCUGCAGUUCGGCCACGGCAGCGGCCUCCAGUGGCCUGGAGGACUGGGCCGCUCGGUCGCCGCGGCAACGAGACUUGGACCCCUCCCACUCGGAGCUCACCAGCGCCCCAUCGAGCAUCAUCAAGCCGCCUUCUCCCGCCGGCGCCGCCCUCGUUCUCAACAAGCCGCCCUCGCCUUGCGCACCAGGUCCCAGUAAUCCGAGCCGUCAUCAUUUAGAGUACAGAGCCAUUAUGCAGGAGAUGUCACCUACAGCAUUUGGUCUGAGCGACUGGGAAGACGACGAAAUCCUGGCGUCGGUCCUGGCCGUGUCCCAGCAGGAAUAUUUGGACAGCAUCAAACAUCAGAGCGGCGCCAUGCAGCAUCGAGAGCGGGAAGCGUCGCCUGACAGCAGCUGAUGGACGCACAUGCACACAUGACCUAUGAACCCCUUCUCCCCUCUCUGUCAACCACUGAAGACAAAGCCAGAAGGAGGAAAUGCAGUUAUUGUUUCUCUCAAAAGUGUCAUUCAUCCUUCCCUCCCUCUUGUCUCUUCUUCCGAGCGGCAAUUUGAGCGAGGCAGCAAGCUGUACGUUAAGUACACGUCGAGUCACAUGAUAGUGCUAAUCCAUGGGAACAAAACAUGCACUUCUUCAGCUAGCAUGUUCCGCCUUAUCACGUAAGAUCAAUGACACGCUACUACCACGAGCCAUCUCCUGGUCACAGGAAACAAAGUUGUCACAUGACCUCGCUUUGAUUUUUGACUCUUAAUUUAUUCUGUUUUGCACAAACAGUUGGGAAUGUUUGGGUUUCAGGUGAAAUUUCAGGAUGAACCUAAAAUGCACUAUAACCUUUUUGGCUGAACUUCAUUUGACCUCUCAAUCUUUAAAUGCACUUGUUCAGCUGCAACACAUUUCUUCGAUUCUUUGGAAAUUAUCUUUUAAAACAUGUUCCUCAUCAUGCUGUUAACAGAUUGACAUCUUAAAACCGAGACAACACCUAACAAUUGAUCAGCAGUAUGUCGCCAUUGCUAGGCUUCAACCAAGAAGUGGCCAGUGUGUCAUCAGCAGGUUGCAACAGCGAGACAGGACGAUUCACAGAAAGCCAUACAAGUGGACGUCCUUGGAAAAAAAAAAAAAAAAGUCCUAGUGUGUUUGAGGGUCAUCCUGAAAUUUCACCUAAAAGCCCAAUAUCCUCAACGUUUUUGGGAGUUGUGUAUAUCGAAAGGAGCUCACAGCUAACGGCUCUCUGCCGUUGCAGUUUUCUGAUUGGCUGUUGACCCAAUGACAAGUUUAUUUUGUCCACCGUUGCCAAAACACAAAAGCUAGCAAGGUCAUGAUGUUGUCAUUUACAAGGAGAGUUGCUAACUGCCUGCUAUGCUAAUCUCAAAUACUCUUUGUGAAAACAAGGUUUCCUAGUGCCGUGUUAUCUGAUACCAGUUAGCUGGGACAAAGGGAACUUUAUACCAGGUCAAAAUGUUUUCAACACGCAAGAUAAUCGUUACGCUCUACUUCAGUGAGCUAGCAUAGGUCUCCUAACUGCAAUGUAAAAAUGUUGUCUCUUAUACGGCUGAACUGUAGCAGUUCUUUUUUGAAGUAAAAGACAACGGCGCCUCCUGCGACACACUAAUGCCUGAACGGCUACCCUCCUACAGCAUCCCCUAAGGCGACCAGCCUGUUUAAGAUCCUUUGAUAGCUUGAAAAUCUAUUUUUUAAAAUGUCUGUCUUCCUCUUGCCUCCAUCAUCAUCAUCAUCCGCUGCAUGUUUGGUCAUGACCAAAUAUCGCCAUUGAGACAAAAUGACAAAUGAGAGACAAAAACAGAAUUGUCACACUUAUCCUCUAUGAUUGAUUAUUGUUAUUAAUUAUAAUAAUAUAAGUUUGUUUUUAUUUUACCCCUUGGGAUGAAAAUAACUUUUUUUUCUUGGAAUAAAAAGGAAAAAUGUUUCAGACAGAAUGAGCUGCUGAUUGUUGAAAGCUGCAUGAUGACAUCAGGUUUGCCACUUGAAUGGCACAACUUGUUCAAGGCCUUCUGCUUCUCUUGUCUGAGUCUGGAUGUGUUGGGAAUCACUGCCUAACAAGGCACUUUUGGAAGGGACUGUAGUGCCUGUCUAGUGUUAAUUCCUUUUUUUGUUGUAUACUGACGACACUGGUGUUACAGAUCAAAAGAUGAACAUGAGACAAAAGUUCAGAAUUCCAGCUUUUAUUUGAUAGCAUUUGCAUCUAGAUGUGUUAUACAACUCACGGACAGAGCACCUUUUCUUUGAACCCACCCACUUUUCAAGUUAGCAAAAGUAUUGGAAAAUGUGACUGAUGGAUGUUUGUAGUUGUUCAGGUGUUGCCUUUUAGAUUGAUUGCUUCAACAUUCGAUAGUGCUUGUUCUUGGUUUUGGGUUUCACCUGUGAAAGCUGCAUUUGCUGUUAAGGAAACAUGGAGAAAAGCAAACCAUGUUGAAGCUGUGAGAUGAGGGAAAAUCCAUCAGAGCUAUUGCACAAACAUUGGGAAAAGCCAAUCCAACAAUUUGGAAUGUCUUGAAAAAGACACAAACUACUGGAGUACUGAGCAACAGACAUCAAACAGGUUGGCGAAGCGUAUCAACAGCAGUUGAUGACAGAAACAUUGUAAGAGCUGUGAAGAAACACCCAAAGACAACAGUCAAUGGCAUCACUGUCAACCUCCACUGGGCAGGGGUGAAGGUAUCGCAAUCCAUUGUUGGAAGAAGACUUUGACAGAAUAAAUAAACAGGCCAUACCAAGAGAUGCAAACCACUCAUUAGCAAAAAGAAUCAGAAGGCCAGAUUGGAUUUUACAAAGUACAGGGAUGAUCCACAACGGUUUUGGAAACAUGUUUUAUGGACUGAUGAGACGAAGAUUAACCUCUAUCUACCAAAGUGAUGUAAAGGCUGAAGUAUGGAGAAACAAAGGAUCUGCUUAUGAUCCAAAACGCACAAGCUCAUCUGUGAAGCAUGGUGGAGGUAAUGUCAUUGCUUGGGCUUGCAUGGCUGCUUCUUGAAUGGGCUCACUAAUGUUAGAUGAUGUAACUCAUGAUGAUAGCAGCCAAAUGAAUUCUGUCUCCAAAACCAUUUUGUCUGGCAAUUUAUAGAAACCUGAAUCCAAACUCAUUGGGAGAAGCUUCAUCAUGCACCAAGACGAUGACCCAAAACACACUGCCAACACAACAAAGGACUUCAUCAGGGGGGAAAAGUGGAAGGUCUUAUAGACUGGCCAAGUCAAUCACUGGAAAUGAACCCAAUAAGAAGAAGAAUUACCUUUUAUUGUCAUGAACAUGCAUGCAUGCACACGAAAUUUGUUCUCUGCAUAUAACCCAAUCACAGUGAACACAUACACAUGUUAGUGGAACACACUGGAGCAGGGGGCAGCUGAAGCGCCUGGGGAUAGAGUACAUUUACCUCCUGAAGAGGAGACUGAAGGGAGAAAACUCCCAGAAACAAAGAAGAACUGAAAGAGGCUGAAGUAAAGGCCUGGAAAAACAUUUCAAAUGAAGAAUGCAAUAGUCUGGUGAAGUCAAUGGUCUCAGGCUCGAUGCAGUUAUUGCAAGUAAGGGUUAUGCCACCAAAUAUUAAAUGUUAUUCACUUUGAAUUAAUUUAAUAUAUGUUCCAAUAUGCUCACUUGAAAAGUGGGUGGCUUCAAACAAAAGGUGCUCUGUCCUUUUGUUUAACACAUUUAGAUGUAAAAGUCAUGAAAUAAAAGCUGGAGUUCUGAACUUUUGGAUCAUAUUCAUCUUUUGAUCUGAAACCCAAAUGUCUUCAGUAUACAACAAAACAGAGGAAUUGACCUUGACGUUCAAUACUCGUGGAGGGGACUCUAUAUACCAGUUAACUAUAUAGUGCCUUCUAUCUCUAUAUAUAGUGACUUGGCCAUUUUGUAGUGUAGAAUGGGUUUUCCCCAAUAUAAUAAAUGUCCCACAACGCAUUGUGAAAAGUAGUCAACUGAUGGCUAUAUCGCAGUUUACUUUUUGCGGGUUCAGUGCAUUGCAGUUUUGUUUUGUUUUGUUGUACAAACCCGAAUUCCAGUGAAUUUGGUACCUAAUACAGCCAUUUUGUCUAAUACAGUCUUUUUGGGAAUGAAGUUUUUCACACCUGGAUUUGGGGAUCCUCUCCAGUUCUGUCAGGUUGGAUGGUCAACAUUGGUGGACAGCCAUUUUCAGGUCUCUCCAGAGAUGCUCAAUUCGGUUUAAGUCAGGGCUCUGGCUGGGCCAUUCAAGAACAGUCACGGAGUUGUUCUGAAGCCACUCCUUUGUUAUUUUAGCUGUGUGAUUAGGGUCAUUGUCUUGUUGGAAGGUGAACCUUCGGCCCAGUCUGAGGUCUGGAGCACUCUGGAGAAGGUUUUGGUCCAGGAUAUCCCUGUACUUGGCCGUGUUCAUCUUGCCUUCGUUGCAACCAAUCGUCCUGUCCCUGCAGCUGAAAAACAUCCCCACAGCAUGAUGUUGCCACCACCAUGCUUCACUGUUGGAACUGUAUUGGACAGGUGAUGAGCAGUGCCUGGUUUUCUCCACACAUACCGCUUAGAAUUAAGGCCAAAAAGUUCUAUCUUGGUCUCAUCUUAUGAGACCAAGAUAGAGACCUAUCUAUCUUGGUCUCAUCUUGGAGUCCUUCAGUUGUUUUUUUUUUUUUUUUUUUUUUUUAAGGAAAGUCCAUACGGGCUUUCAUGUCUCUUGCACUGAGGAGAGGCUUCCGUCAGGCCGCUCUGCCAUAAAGCCCCGACUGGUGGAGGGUUGCAGUGAUGGUUGACUUUCUAGAGCUUUCUCCAAUCUCUGGAGCUCAGUCACAGUGAUCUUUGGGUUCUUCUUUACCUCUCUCACCAAGGCUCUUCUCCCCCGAUUGCUCAGUUUGGCCGGAUGGCCAGCACUGGUUCUGGUCAUCCCAAAGUCUUCCAUUUAAGGAUUAUGGAGGUGCAACAGAAUCUUUUUUGUAACCUUAGCCAAAUCUGUGCCUUGCCACAGUUCUGUCUCUGAGCUCUUCGGCCACUUCCUUUGACCUCAUGAUUCUCAUUUGUUCUGACAUACACUGUGAGCUAUAAGGUCUUAUAUAGACAGGUGUGUGGCUUUCCUAAUCAAGUCCAAUCAGUAUAAUCAAACACAGCUGGACUCCAAUCAAGGUGUAGAACCAUCUCAAGGAUGAUCAGAAGAAAUGGACAGCACCCAAGUUAAAUAUAUGAGUGUCACAGCAAAGGGUCUUUGAAUAAUUAUGGCUAACCCUAUUUCAGUUUUUCUUUUUUAAUAAAUCUGCAAAAAUUUGAAGAAUUCAGUUUUUUUCUGUCAAUAUGGGGUGCUGUGUGUACAUUAAUGAGGAAAAAAAAUGAACUUAAAUUAUUUUAGCAAAUGGCUGCAAUAUAACAAAGAGUGAAAAUUUAAGGGGGUCUGAAUACUUUCCGUACCCACUGUAUAUACACAACAAAAUGAUGGAUAACUCGUUUUUAAAUCAGAAGUAAAGGGCAAUAGUUUAUUCAACUAUUGUUCAAGUUACUGUAAAAAGCGUUUGGUAAAAAAAAUUUUUGCAAUAUCUCAAUGUUAUUAUUUAUUACGAUGUGAAAUUUUAGCAAGAAUCAUGGAAGUUGACGCAAGUGACUUGCUUUUGCCGGCCACAUAAAAUGAUGUGGUGGGCCGGAUGUGGCCCCCGCGCUGUGAGUUUGACAUACCUGUUUUUGGUUUUAUUAUAUCUAUUUGAUUCUCUUUUCAUCUGAGAGGUGUUGCUUGAGGAUUAAAAUAUUUUUUUUGUUUUAACAUUAUUUGAUUUCAUUUCAUCAAAUUAGUAAUUUGUGUCUUUUGUGUUCGUGUUCAAUGUGUAAUGUGGUAAUGCUGAUACAAUUACACUUGUAUCAGCAUUACCUGAUGCAGAGUCCACUAGCAAUUUGAUGGCAAGAGGGAAGAAGCUGUUGGAAUGUCUGCUUGUUUAAGUUUGCAUUGAUCGACAGCGGCUACCUCAGGGAAGGAGUUGGAAGAGGUGGUGACCAAGAUUUUGAGGGUCAAAGAGCAUUUUGCAUGAUCUUGUCUUAGUUCUGGCUUAGUGCAAGUCCUCAAGAGUGGGCA